AAUAUACUGCUCAACUUCUUAACCAAUUUUAUCAUAUUAUUUAAUCAACCAACUAAAACCCCAAAUUGUAUAUUAUUAUCCAGUAAAGAAGUAGCAUGUCUCGUUUAGAGUUGUUCUGUAUCUUCAUCAACAUCUUAUCAGUAGAUAUUUUUCAUACUUGUUCUGGGGAUGUUGGUGCUGCUGCCCCGUAUUCUUCUCCCUAUAUCCCAACCGAGUGCUACUCGGGAGACGCCACGGAGUUCCCGUCAAACAACCUAUUUGCGGCGGCCGGAGAUGGAAUAUGGAACAAUGGGGCAGCUUGUGGGAGGCAAUAUUUGGUACGGUGCAUAAGUGCUCCUGAACCAUUAAGUUGCGCAAUGACUGACGCUAUUCAAGUCAAAAUUGUUGAUUAUGCAAAUUCCGCAGUUUCACAACCUGUGGUUACUCCUGGCACUACUAUGCUCUUAUCUAACAAUGCCUAUGAUAUGCUAGUCAAUUCUUCUUCUUCUACUUCACUUUCCGAUACUAGCAUUAUUAAUAUUGAGUUUCAACAGGUCUGAUGCAUGGCUAAUGUGAGCUUUGGUGUCUGAGUUUACAUGACGGUGGGGGUGUGUUAUAGCCGUGGCGGAUCCUGAGUGAAAAUUAAUAUGGCCAAAUUUCGAAUAUCCAACGACCUCUAAAUUAAUAGUUGAUGAAUCUUAAAUCAUCAUGUUACAAAAAAUUGUAAAUGAUAUUUGGUAAUGUAGGUGAUAAUUAUAUUCACGAUUCAUUUUCUAU